AGGUAUUCGUUAUAGUUUGGAUGUUAGUGUGGAUGAAGUGAAAGCCUUAGCAUCUCUAAUGACAUACAAGUGUGCUGUGGUUGAUGUGCCAUUUGGUGGGGCAAAGGCUGGUGUCAAGAUCAAUCCCAAGAACUACACAGACAAUGAAUUGGAAAAGAUCACAAGAAGGUUCACCAUGGAGCUGGCAAAAAAGGGCUUUAUUGGACCUGGUGUUGAUGUGCCUGCUCCUGAUAUGAGCACAGGGGAGAGGGAGAUGUCCUGGAUUGCCGACACCUAUGCCAGUACCAUAGGACACUAUGAUAUUAACGCACAUGCAUGCGUAACUGGUAAACCCAUCAGCCAGGGUGGGAUCCAUGGACGUAUAUCUGCAACUGGUCGUGGCCUCUUCCAUGGAAUUGAAAACUUCAUCAAUGAAGCAUCAUAUAUGAGUAUAUUAGGAAUGACCCCUGGAUUUGGGGAUAAAACGUUUGCUGUUCAGGGAUUUGGUAACGUGGGCUUGCAUUCUAUGAGAUACUUGCAUCGUUUUGGAGCAAAGUGCGUUGCUGUUGGAGAGUUUAAUGGUUCUAUCUGGAAUCCUGAUGGGAUUGACCCAAAGGAACUAGAAGAUUACAAAUUGCAACACGGGACAAUCAUGGGCUUCCCUAAAGCACAGACACUUGAGGGCAGUAUUCUGGAAACAGACUGUGAUAUUCUCAUCCCUGCUGCCAGCGAGAAGCAGUUGACUAAGGCCAACGCUCACAAGGUUAAAGCAAAAAUUAUUGCUGAAGGUGCCAAUGGCCCUACGACUCCUGAAGCUGACAAAAUCUUCUUGGAGCGGAAUAUCAUGGUUAUCCCUGAUCUUUACCUGAAUGCUGGUGGUGUAACAGUAUCCUAUUUUGAGUGGCUGAAAAACUUGAACCACGUCAGCUAUGGUCGCUUGACUUUUAAAUAUGAAAGGGAUUCAAACUACCACUUGCUCAUGUCUGUCCAGGAAAGCUUGGAAAGAAAAUUUGGGAAACACGGUGGAACUAUUCCAGUUGUGCCUACAGCAGAAUUUCAAGAUAGGAUAUCGGGUGCGUCUGAGAAAGACAUUGUCCACUCUGGGUUGGCUUAUACAAUGGAGCGUUCUGCCCGGCAAAUCAUGCGUACUGCCAUGAAGUACAACCUGGGUCUGGACCUGAGAACAGCUGCCUACGUCAAUGCAAUCGAGAAAGUCUUCAAAGUGUACAAUGAGGCUGGCCUGACCUUUACAUAAAUAGGCCAUUACUGCUCCUUAUUGUAUCCCAUCCCUCUCGCCGUUAAUGUACCCUCUUCUUGAAAAAGCUUAUCACAAGUUUACAUGUAACCACAAAAUUUUCUUUUCUUCUGACAUUAUAGUGGAUUCUAUUCUUUA